AUGUCGGGACCUGUGUUCAUCUUAAACAAGGAUGACUCCGAUGAUUCCGGGAAGGAGAAGGCCGAUUCCUUAGUUGAGAAGAAGUCGGAUGCGUUAACUGAUUUUGGAAGUGAGAAUCAAGAUGGAGCUAAGGUGGAGAGUGAGAUUGAUGGAGACGAUGAUGUUACGGCCAAGAAAAGAAGGCAAGUAAGAAACAGAGAUGCUGCGGUAAGAUCAAGGGAGAGGAAGAAAUAA